CUUUUGAAACGUUUCGCUGUAUUUAGAUACAGUUAAGAUACAAAUACAGUUGAUGGCACAAUGCAACGACAGAGGAGGAAGAGCAGGCAGAGGUGGGAGAGGAAGGAGAGGAAGGAGAGGAAACCGUGGUGAAGAGGACAGAGAUGUCUGCAUCUCUAAAUCCAUGUCUUAUGUUCUUCGCCAUGGAGCCAACCACAUGGGACUUCAAAUGGGUUCAGAUGGCUACCUGUUUGUGGAAGAUCUCCUGGCUCACCCGCAGUUCCGCUCAUAUUCCCUGGAAGACGUCGAAAGAGUCGUGGCCACAAAUGACAAACAGCGUUUUAAGCUUCGCCCCCAUCCAGAGGAUGGCCGCCUGCAGAUACGAGCCAGUCAGGGCCAUUCAGUGCAGGUAAUAGAUUUGGAGCUCAAACCGGUCCUGGCUGGUUCUCCAGACUGUCCUGCUGAGGCCGUUCACGGCUCCUACCUCCGCAACUGGAGCUCCAUCCAGCAGCACGGCCUGAGCCGCAUGAAGAGGACACACAUCCACCUGGCACCAGGCCUGCCAGGGGAGGAUGGCGUCAUCAGUGGCAUGAGGAAAGACUGUGAUCUAGCUGUGUUUAUUGAUGUCCCUAAAGCUCUCGCUGAUGGUAUUGAGUUCUUUUGGUCGGAGAAUGGUGUGUUACUGACUGCAGGCAACGCAGAGGGAAAACUUCUCCCUAAAUACUUCAGCCGAGCCUUAAGACUAAGGCCUAAAAGGAGCAUCCUGCCUCUGCAGUAGCAGUUCAGGAUACUGGUCUGUCAUUGGUCACCUGACUGUGCUAACAUCCCAUGGUUGGUUGAUGCUCGUCCUAGUUCCCUUGGUAACACUUGUUGUUGCAGAGGCGUCCUGGUGAGGUGAUUUUGCUCAGCAAUAGGAAAAUCAAUUCAGAAAUACGCCUAAAUUAAAUUUUUUGUGUCAUCACUGAAAGGAUCAGGAAGCAUACUUUAUUUUUAUAUGAUAAUUCAACCAUUAUAGCUGGCAUAUGUCUCUUUUUAUUUGAGUAUUUUUAGUUUUCUCUAUUGCAUCAUUAGUGCUAAAUAAACUAUAGCAUACAUUGACAAGUAAGAUCAUUUCACCGAGCAGCUGUAAAACAGAUUACCAAGAGACAGUUGACUGCUGGCAACAACCAGCCAGGCCUUUAAAUGGAGGAACUACUUGGAGGACUAUUUAUGGUUAGUCACAUGACUAAGUAUGGGAAAGUAGAGGAUGCAGACACUGUGGUUUUAGUUACCGGAUUGCUUCAACAGUUCCUUGUAAGAUAUGGAUACUCACACACACAUGCGCCCACACACACAGAAUGUGAGGGGCGAUAAAUGUUUCGAAGCUUCCUGUGUAAGAAACAACAGAAAUUAUCACCAUAUGUCACGACCAUAAGGAGUGAAGGCAACCCAGAGAGAAGAGUGUAUUGUUGUAUUUAUUUUAAUAAAUGUUUGUUUAUUCAUACGUCUAUUAGGGAAAACAUUUAAUAUUGUUUUGUAUUUUUCUACUCAUUGUUGUUGAUUCUUGGCUGUGAUAACGUGGCUGCUGUAAUGUGCCAGAAAUUUCAAACUAAGCCAAAGUAACAAUAAAACUGCAGCUCUGGACAAAACAAGGCUUUCUAUCCUGAGCGACAGGAAGUCUAGAUACUGUGAGGUGAAGAAAAAAAAA